AGACUUUCGACCUCGAAGGCGUGCAUUUGCUAUAUGGAUGCGUUCGUCGCUCGUGAGACAAUGCCCAACUGCGAAUUGCGGCAUCGGUUCUGGCAUCACGCCUCGGCGCCAUCUGCUGACCGCGUCCCAGUCGCCGAGCGUCGACGUCACGAGCCUGCUGCACUCCCCGCCGCCGUGGACCUCCGCAGCAGUUCUCAGGGGCAGCGAUAGGGGAGAUGGACAUAGGGGCGGGAUGCAUCGACCCCUGGUCGCCCAUGGAUCGCCGAUAGGGGUCUGAGAAGCCCCUCCCCGCCCAGGAGGGUGCGGCUUCGCUCUCGGGGGCCCCUCGCCGCUCCGGCGGCGCCGCGCCGCCGGUCCCAGGCCUAUAGGCACGCGCCAGACCCCCCCCCCCGCAUCGUUGCCCCGCCGUGCCGUGCCGAGCGGCCCGCCGCGCUCGCCCCCGGGCCCGCGGGGGCGAGCGGCCAUGCCAGGCCGGCGGGCGCGGGGGCUGGCGCUGGCGCUGGCCUGGGCCGUCGUGGGAGGCGUGCAAGGCGACGACUACGAUGACAUCGACGAGGACGACGGCAUCGAGCAGGACGCGCUGAGCGCCGAGCAGAUGCAGGGCAUCCAUCAGAAGAUGGAUGCGAACGGCGACGGUAGGGCAUCCAUGGUGGAGGUCUUGGCCUUCUCGGAUAGCAUGCGGAGGCAUAUAGCGGCGAAGGACGUGAAGACCGUUCUAGACGAGAUGGACCUGGACAAGGACGGGAGGCUGAGCGUCGAGGAGUUGAUUAAGGACAUGGACAUGUGGAGCGACGAUGAGGAGGAGGACCGACGUGAGUCCGCCAUGAGGAAGGAGGUGGAGACCGCGAAGUUCGGCGUCGCCGACAAGGACAAGGAUGGGCUGCUGGACGUUGAGGAGCUGCCCGCCCUGUUCUACCCAGAGACCCACGAGGGCGUCCUGGACCUCACCGCCAAGCAGACGCUGCAGCAGAAGGACCUGGACGGCGACGGCUUGCUGACUCUGCAGGAGUUCUGGGAGGGCGACGCCCUGGAGGGCGAGGAUCAGAGGAUGACUAUCACCGAGGACGAGCGGGAGGAUUUCCAGAAGCUGGACACCGACCGCAGCGGCAGGCUGGACCUGCCAGAGCUCAAGAUGUGGGAGUCUGGCAGGUUCCACACCGAGGAGGCCAUGAAGACGCUGUUCGAGCUCGCCGACCGGGACAGCGACAUGCACGUCACCGCGGAGGAGCUCGGGUCGGCGCGAGAGCAGAUCGCGGGCAGCGACGCCCAGUAUCACCUCAUGGAGUGGGCGGAGCACUACGAGCUCUGAGCGCUCUCCGCUGCUGGCUCCCGACCGGCCUCCCCCCACCGCCACGGCUGCUCUGCGGCGCGGCCUCGGCCUCGGCGCGCGCUGCUCUGCGACGCGACCUCGGCCUCGGCGCGCGGGGCGGUGCCGCCUUGCCGCCGAUGCAGCAGGGGCGUGGGGAGGACCAGAGAUCGCUGAUCGACCCCGCUCGGGAAAGGGUCAGAGUUUAUGUUUUGGCUUGGCUCCUUAUCCCUAUGCGAUCCUCGCACGGGACGGUGUCUGUGGCCAGGCGCCCCGACGCUCGAGGUCUCGAGGUCUGGGACGUGCUUCGCGCUUCGCGCGGAGGCGUGGCGGGCCAAACUCGGCGGCGCGGCAAGCGGAGCAGACAGUUUCUGAGCGCAUGGCGCCACCGCCGGGAGGAGAA